GCAGGAGGGCCUUCACAUUGAUUCAUGGCUGGCGUCAGGGUAGAGCUGCUGCUGGUCCUGACUGCGACUCUGCUGGUUUCAGUAGAGGGAUGGGCGCGGAUCAAGAAAAUUCAACGUCCCUCGCCAGAUGACCGCAGGGAGGACGACAGCGGUGAAGAUGCAGUUCUUGAGGAUUCAUUGCUUCAAGUUGAAGGCGCCACCGCCAGUGGAAACUUCUACAAUUUUGCUAACCAUGGAGACCAGAUUGACACAGUAGAUUCUAGUCCAAGAACAUGGCGCAGAGGUACUGAUAGUAGUUUCCAGAUGGAAUUUGACAAUAUCCCUUCAAGGAGCCAGACCAGCGGUACCAGUCGGCGUCGGACUGGGCUAGAUGUGGUUUGCAGUGACGCUGGCUUUCAAAUUACUGUGCUGAAAGGUUCAUUAAGUGAAGUUAAAGUUGUGGGCUCAAAGGACCUGCUGUCUGUUAUGGAUGCUCCAGAGUCUUGUGGUUAUGAAGUGAACCCUUUGACUAACACCUUGGCUGUACCCUUUACCGGGUGCCAUGUGAAACGGAGUGACCGCUACAGCCUGCAGUUGUUGUACGUCAACGCGUUUGAUCAGACACAAGUUGCUACCGCAUCUUGUGAGAGACGCCUGAAGGUUGACCCAGGCGUAUUUCCUGGCUCCAGUGGCCAAUCCUAUCCCACAUUUAAGCGCAUUGAGCCAAUCCGAGCGCGGCCACAACGGCCUGCAUGUCCGCAAAAGCCUGGCUCGCCCCAAGAACCUUCAUUGCCCCUAGGGCCUGGAUCACCUGGCUCGCCCCUAGGGCCCAGCUUGCCGCAAGGGCCGUCUUCCCCGCAACAGCCUGGCUCACCCCAAGAACCUUCAUUGCCCCUAGGGCCCGGGUCACCCCAAGGGCCUUCUUACCCGCAACAGCCUGGCUCACCCCUAGGGCCUGGGUCGCCGCAAGGGUCUUCAUCCCCGCAACAGCCUGGCUCACCCCUAGGGCCUGGGUCGCCGCAAGGGUCUUCAUCCCCACAACUGCCUGGAUUGCCCCAAGAACCUUCAUCCCCGCAAAUUCAUCCAACCAGAGCGCGGCCGCAACGGCCUGCAUGUCCGCAACGGCCUGGAGCGCUCCUAGGGCCCGGAUCACCCCAAGGGCCCCCAUCCCCACAACAGCCUUCAUCCCCGCAAGGGCCGCAACUACCAACAUUGCCAACGACACAUGGUUGUGGCAUCCCCACAGGAGAGCAGGUGACUUGUGGCCAGUCAGGAAUAUCGUCCUCAGACUGUGAGAUGAUGGGAUGCUGUGUGGAUUCUUCUACAUCUACCUGCUACUACCCAAUGGAUGAGUGCACUGUUGAUCAACACUUUGUGUUCGCCAUUCGUGCCAACUCUGCAUCAAUCCCUGUGGACCCCACCAAGCUUGUUGUUUCUGGGAGUACAAACUGUAAACCAGUCAUUGUCAACGACAAAGUUGCCAUCUUUAAGUUCAAAAAUUCAGAAUGUGGAGUUCAUGCUUAUGAAGUUGGUGAGACGAUGAUCUACCUGGCUGAAGUGCAGACUGUCGUCCAAUCUCUGACCCUCCAGUAUGGCGUAAUUGCAACACGUGAUCCACUCAGGUUCAUGGUUGAGUGUCGCUAUAGCAAAGCAGGCGUUGCUCCGCAGUCACUAACCAGCGUUGGCUACAUGGUGAAGACCCCGAGUUCCACCUUGCCGUCAGCGGUCCUCUCUAAUGGCUUAUAUGCUGUUGACUUGAGAAUUGCUAAAGAUCAGACGUAUUCAAGCUACUUGCCCACAAAUAAUCAGCCCUUGCGACUGCUCCUUGGCAGUCCAGUCUAUCUUGAACUGCGCCUGAUAUCACCAAAACCAGAUGCGGUAAUCCUUGUCAACUACUGUGUAGCUUACCCUCGCUCUGCAAGGAAUGCACUGGUGCUUAUUUAUGAAGGGUGUCCCAACCUUUAUGCUCCAAAUGUGUCCCUCCUUAAAAUCAUUGACUGCAAAAAUCGUCAUCAGAGGCGGUUUGUGGUUGAAGCCUUCCAGUUUAUGGUUCAAAAGACAAACAAAUACCUUGAUGAAGAAAUCUAUUUCAUGUGCUCUACAGAAGUGUGUUUACCAGCAGAUAGGCCAUGUGAACAACGGUGCUUUGAUGGAAAGGCACCAUAAGGAUGCUGCAGAAGACUUAAGGAGGGGGGGGGGGGAAUAAAUCGCAUUUUAUAACACGGUAAA